AUGGCUCAACGCCAGCUUUCGCGCACUCUGCCGAAGAACUUCACGUUUCCCUUCCUAGAUGACGACGUGCCCAAGACCCCGGAGCGCCCCAGGACCAAAAUUCAAGUCCCGCCUCCACCUCGUCACUCUAUCUCAAGUUGCCGCUUACCGCGAGUUCGCCCUCGCUCCGGCACCGAUGUUUGCGCUCGCAUGGAUCUCGACCUCUUCCAAUUCCGAGGCUCAGAUGUCCCGCUUCCCUCGAUUGAGUUCCCGCACUCUAACAGCGCGCUCGAAGCGCCUUUCCUCGGCCAAUCUCCUCAAGAUGAGGGACUGCUUGCGCCACCUCGCACGCGCAUGAAUUUCAAGACACCCCCUGCGCAAAUCCGCGGUACGCCUUUCGAAGCUCGCGAGACUGGAAGCCCUUGGCCCGCAUGGGAUCAGACUCCUGGGCCCAUCAAGCGUCCAGAGUCCGUCUGCUCAAACCUCUCCGACUCUUCUGUGGAGUCCAUCGAGACCUUUGCCUCGCGACCUUCUGUUGGAAGCUGCACUAGUGUGGAAAGUGACCUAUUUGAUCCAUACUUCCCACUGGAGUUCUCGAAAGAAAAUGAAGUCGAGUCGCCCUCGCGACGCAAAUCAUCUAGCGUUGUCAAGUCCGCUUCCGAUAAGGGCUGGACUCGCGAGAUGGAUAAUCAUUUGUGGAACACUUAUCAAAUUUAUCUUCAGGACCCCACUAUGACUCCAUUCAAGAUGACCCCGGGCAGCAUUCCUCCACUGGGUGUCACUUCGCGUGUUUCGCGCCGUGCGAAGAGGACAUGGGAAAACAAACGCAGCCGCCUGGGUCAAUUUGUAUCGAUGAAGUCUGCUGAGCCUGGAACUCCCAAGGCCACAGGUGAAGCAUCAGCAUCGCAGCCAAACUGGCCCAAGACAGACGCCAAGACUCGACGUCGUCUCAAGGCACUUUGCCGUCGCAAGUUCUCCAUCUCUCCUCAUUACCAGCGCAUCAUGCAGUCGCGUACCCCAGAACCCACGGAAGUGUCCGCGCCUGCAGGUACCCGCCCUCAAGCGUUCGCAGAUAGUUCUGCCUACACUACUCGUGAUCUCGGUGUUUCUCUUGUUACCCCGAAUGAGCCAAAUCCCAUCGCCCUUGUUACACAAGAUCUACCACCGUUGCAGCCAUGGAACACGUACUCUUUCAAUGAUCCUGUUCCAGCAACUGUCGAACCCGAAAUUGUUCCAACCCCCAGCCAGCAUCUCCGUGUACAAUCCGCUCACAGUAUCCCUCGUCUGGGAUCACCCUUUGUGUACAGCACCUGGGGCCCGGGCGGAUCCAACCGCCAAAUCUCAGCUAACAGUACGCCCCGCCGUGAGACAAUCCACGCCCCGGGACGUCGUACUCGCCGCAACACUUAUCUGGAGCAGUCUAUUCGCAACGCCGAUGACGUAUUCACGAGUGCUACGAGUGACAGCAAGAACACCGAUGAUGUCGACCGUCGCCUCCAAGACUACCUUCAUAACAACAAGCUUCAGGACAUGGGUCAUGGCCGAGUUCGUCUCCGCAACCGGGGCGCUACGACUGGCGGAGUUAACCCUCGAGAUGUUGUCGAUCAGCUUUUCUCCCCGCCCUCGUCUCUCAACUCAGGGCCAAUUGAGCCAGAAGAGACCCCUCCUGUGGCGAAGCCACCUGUCAACGCCUUCUUAGACCUUGGUGAAAAUAUCAAACGCCUUGGCUCACCCUUCAAGAUUGAAGGUGCAUACAAGCGUCGUGAGGCUCCGAACCGGUUCAUAAGACACGCACCCUCGCUGUCUGAUCCUUUCUCGAGUGGUGGCCCAUCCUAUGUGAGACCCACGGACGAUACGUCGCCGAUGCAAAUCUCCCCUACACACCAACCUGAGAAAUCGUCGGCCCCUCUACCUUACAAUGCAUUUGAAGAGGGGCUCUCUGAUGCCGAGCGAAUCCGCCGGCAAAUCUUGAACAUGCCUUUCACGCGCAAUUAG